CUCCCCAGCUCCGCUUUCGGUUUCUCUUCCCCGGCCCCGGCGCUCAGAGCGGGCGGGAGGCGCAGCGAGGCGGAUGGCGCUGGUCGAGGUGUGCGGCCUCCCCCGGGGGGAAUGGGGCUGGGCCCCCCCCGGAUCUGCCGCCGCGCCCCGCGGACCGGAUCACUACAGCUUCGGCCUGCGGGAGCCCGAGCUGGCCCUGCCCAGGGGGGAGCAGCCGGCCCAGUUCCUGCAGACGUUCUCCGCCGAGGGCCGGGACCGGGUGCGGAUCCAGCUGGCACAUGGCACCACCACCCUGGCCUUCAAAUUCCAGCACGGGGUCGUCGUGGCCACCGACUCCCGGGCAUCGGCCGGCAAAUACAUCUCCACCCUGCAGUUCAACAAGGUGAUCGAGAUCAACCCCUACCUGCUGGGCACCAUGUCGGGCAGCGCCGCCGACUGCCAGUACUGGGAGCGGCUCCUCGCCAAGCACUGCAGGCUCUACGCCCUGCGGAACAAGGAGCGGAUCAGCGUCUCGGCCGCCUCCAAGCUGCUGUCGAACAUGCUGUGCGAGUACCGGGGCAUGGGGCUGUCCGUGGGCAGCAUGAUCUGCGGCUGGGACAAGAAGGGCCCCGGGCUGUACUACGUGGACGAUAAUGGGGCGCGUCUCUCCGGCCCCAUGUUCUCCACGGGCAGCGGGAACACCUACGCCUAUGGGGUGAUGGACAGCGGGUACCGGCCCGACCUCAGCGUGGAGGAGGCAUACGACUUGGGGCGCCGCGCCAUCUCCUAUGCCACCCACCGCGAUGCCUACUCCGGGGGCGUCGUCAACAUGUAUCACAUGAAGGAGGACGGCUGGAUCCGUGUCGGACGGACGGACGUCAGUGACCUGCUGCACCAGUACACGGACGCCAAGCAGUGAGAUGGGAACGGACCUGACACCCUGCACUCAGGGACCAGCGAGACUCAGGGCUGCAGCGAAGGG